UCUUCUCCGCCCACACCCAACCUUCAACGUACGCGCAAAGGACCACGACACUUGUCUAAUUUUUGCUUCAAUCCGGCUCAUCGGUCGCUUCCCCUUUUUGAUUUCGACCCCUCUUUCACUCAUCGUGUAUCAUCAUGACUGGUCGUGGAGGCGGUGGUGGCCGCAAGACCUUGCUUGCGCCAAUUCAUUUCAUUUUCAAACUUCUUCAACAACGCUCUACCGUUUCUAUCUGGCUUUACGAGCAAUUGGCCUUCCGGAUAGAGGGAAAGAUUAGGGGAUUCGAUGAGUUCAUGAAUCUCGUAGUCGACGAUGCGGUAGAGGUCAGAUUGGCUACAAAAACCGAAGAAGAGAAACGGAGGCCUCUAGGUCAAAUCCUGCUGAAGGGCGAUAACGUCUCGCUCAUCCAAGCCGUACAGUGAUCAUAGAAGGAUGCAGGAAGCAUACGGAAGAAAAACAAGAAAAUUACUUUGCCAGGCUACGACGAUAUUUAUCUCUCUUUAAUCAUGUUUAUUUACGGGUUGCCGCUGGAAGACACUCUUGCACAUCAAUCAAAUACACGGAGUUCUGACACGAGAGGGAGUUGUUCUUUUGGGCUAUAAAUUAGUGGUGACGGACGAAGCACCGAUUGUCGCCAACGAUGAGGACAUCUACUGGCCAGUCAUGAUUCGCAACAGGUAUUUGUUCGGUCGCGGGGAGAGUUUGCUCCUUGAGAGAGAGGGCAACUGGUAAAGGCAUUUUUGGCGUCGUUGUCUUACUCUCAAUCUCUUUGGGGUACCUAGUCAAAAAAUGAUCAUAAUAUCCUU